CAUGACAAAAUUGAAAAUAAAAUCUAUGGACAGGUACAAUGGGACUAUUAAUUCACCUCAUACUUUUAGGGGAACGGUCUCAAGCUUCUUUCAUACAGAAAAGAAAUGUGAAACAAUUACUGCAGAGGAGAAGAAGGCAUUAGUAAAGUCUAUCACAGAGUCACAUUUAAAAUUUACUCAUCCUGAAACAGAUUUUAGAUCAACUACUCAAUCCUGCUUCCUUCCUACUGAAAAUGAGGGGCUUGGAGAAGCCUUAAGAGAAGGUGAUAAGAUUCAUGCCAUUCAUAAUUUCCCUCGAGUCCUCCAGGAAAGAUAUAAGGGAUGAGACUAUACAGAAGAAAAGAAGCUGCAGGCUAAAAGAGUGGCUAAAGUCCCACAAAAGGAAUUAAUGGAGCAAGCCAAACUUAACAAAUUGAUGAAAGCUUAUGAGCAUCAGAGCCAUGCUUUGAAACAUCCCCAGUUGAUCAAGAAGAAAGGCUCAAGUGUUCCAAGAUUGAGGAGGAACAAAAUGAAAUUAAGUGAGCUAGCAAAGUUUCCUCUCAAUAAUGAGACAGUCAAGGAGCAAUUUGAUACUGAAUAUCUAAAGGAGAUUCUUGAAGAUGAGCAAGAAGCAGAGAAUACGAAAUUCAACUAUACUUUGAGCAAAUACUGACUUGACAAUCACUUCAAUAUUGGUCUCGAAAGAGGUUUGAAAAAGCAUAUUUUGAGGAACAACGGGUGCCCAACUAGAACUUCAUCAACAGCAAUCCACACCCCACAAAGAAAGUUAAGCCAAUCUGAGAAGUUGCUUAUCAGAGCUUUGAAGAAAUAAAUUAGCUAACCCAAUAGGAGCAGAUAAGGUCUUAAAGUACUUCAAAAUGAACUCAAAUGGUGAAAUCAAACCUAAGUCUGUUCAAAAGAGUAGAUUUAACCUAAUAAAUAAGAGACUUACUAAAUUAUAUGGGAGUUUGAAGAAGAACACAAUGAAGACACACUUCAAGAAUGGAGCGAAGGAUAAACUAUUUACUCAAAAUCCAUUAGCUAAGAAAAAGAAGAAGGAUGUAAAGCCUAAAAACCCUAAAUCAAGAACUAUCUAUGCCUCUGUUCCUAGGCUCAAUAUUGAUGAACUCUAUGAAGAUGAAGAUGAGGAGUACCUUCCUGAUUUUGAAAUAGAUUUUCAAGAAACUGAAUCCUUAAGAAAAUUCAUGAAAACAAGCAGUGUUAAAUUUGGAAAUAAUAAGUUAGCUAUUGGCCAGUUUAGACCUUACGGGGAGAAAUAUAAGCAAGGGAGAAUCCCUGAGCUAGUUAGUCGUAACUAUGUGGAUAGUAUUCCAAUGAAGCAAUUCACUGACCCAAAUAACAGAGUGAAUAUGUCGAGAUAUAAUACUUUAAGUGAUGAGACAAAUAGAUUUAUUACUCCUAAUCAAUGUAGAUUAACUCAAACUACUAUGAAAAAUAAGAAAAAGGUUAUUUUAAUGAAGACAGAUCUUCUUUCUACUCAUUUCAAACUUGGCAGCUGUAGAUCCCCUAACUUAUCAGAAAGCCAGUCUAAUUUUUACAAGAAGAAGUCUGAGAGCCAAGAUUUAGCUAGAAUUAGGAACAAAAUCAAGCAUAAAGUGGAAAAAUGUAGUCUAAGGGUGGAAUAACUUGAC